AAAGAUGGCGGCGGUGACAACAGUGCGGUGUUGCUUUAGGAUUUUGAGGCGUUUGGUAAUUUUACAUACAUUCUGCGAAAGCCGCAGUUGUCAUCCCGCCACUUCAAGCCGUGUCCCAGGCUCCAAGCGUGUGCGGAACAUUAUGCAUUCCAGCAUCCCUUAACCUCACAACAGUGCAGACCCUUCAGAUCAAGCGGUGGUAUGCUCCUUCACCUGAGUGGUGUCUUCUGGUCAAGUUCUUCAGUUCAAAUUAUCAGACAUUGGAGAGGGUAUUAUGGAGGUGACGGUGAAAGAGUGGUAUGUGAAGGAGGGUGACAGAGUGUCCCAGUUUGACAGCAUCUGUGAGGUGCAGAGCGACAAGGCGUCCGUCACUAUUACAAGCCGUUACGAGGGAGUUGUACGGAAGCUCUACUAUGAUGUGGAUGCGGUCGCCCUUGUCGGAUCCCCACUUGUAGACAUUGAGACUGAGACAGUACAGGAUGGCGCACCAGAGGAGGACGUGGUAGAGACGCCAGCAGUUUCACACGAGCACACACACCAGGAGAUUAAAGGCCUCAAAACCCAGGCUACCCCUGCAGUGCGACGUCUCGCCAUGGAGAACAACAUUAAACUGAGCGAGGUUGUCGGGACAGGAAAGGACGGGCGUAUCCUGAAGGAGGACAUCCUCAACUUCUUGGCCAAACAGACAGGAGCCAUCCUUCCCUACGAUGAAGUGAAGCAGCCGGUUCCACCAGGGGCUCCUGUCAAGCAGAAAAGGCCAGGGCCCAGCCCUCUGCCUGCUAUCCUGUGCCAGGUUUUCACAGGGAAAGACAGGACAGAGCCUCUCAGUGGUUUCCAGAAGGCCAUGGUGAAGACCAUGACAGCCGCUUUGAAGAUCCCCCACUUUGGUUACUGUGACGAGGUUGACCUCACUCAGCUGGUACUCCUGCGAUCGGAACUGAAGGGCCUGGCUGAAGCUCGGGGAGUGCGGCUCAGCUACAUGCCCUUCUUCGUCAAGGCUGCAUCAAUGAGCCUGUUGCAGUUCCCAAUUCUCAAUGCUUCUUUCGACGAGGGCUGCCACACCAUCACUUACAAGGGGUCUCACAACAUUGGCCUGGCCAUGGACACCCCACAGGGCCUCCUGGUGCCCAGUGUGAAGAAUGUGCAGGCUCUGAGCGUGUUCGAAAUCGCAGCUGAGCUGAACCGCCUGCAGGCGCUGGGCUCGGCAGGACAGCUGGGCCCAGCUGACCUGACUGGGGGCACAUUCACGCUCUCCAACGUCGGCUCGAUUGGAGGAACCUAUGCCAAGCCAGUUAUCCUACCCCCGGAGGUGGCUAUUGGCGCUUUGGGAAAGAUCCAGGCGCUGCCCAGGUUUAACUCCUGCGCCGAGUUGGUCAAGGCCCACAUCAUGAGCGUCAGCUGGUCGGCUGACCACCGUGUCAUUGACGGAGCCACCAUGUCGCGCUUCUCCAACCUGUGGUGCUCCUAUUUGGAGCAGCCGUCCUCUAUGGUCCUUGACCUCAAAUGAGGCAUUUCUGAGAACCUUUGCAGGAGACCACCCUGGGGCUUCUUCACUUAGUAUGUUGGUGUUGUUUUGGCCAUCCUACUCUUAGCGGGGCCAAGGUGCCUUGCCUGCUACAUUAAUGUAACAUUUCAACAAAUGGAAAAGAAAAGGUUGUCAUUCUUGAAACUUUUUCUCAGAUUACUUUCUGAUUCAACAAUCACUGUAAGUCUACAAUCUGAGAUUUUUUUGCUUGUUAAUAAAAUUAUAAUGAAUGAACAAGCAUUUUGCACCCUAUAGGUGCAGUUAGUAUAUUUGAUUUCCAAUUAUAUGGAUGUUUUAGGGUUUUUUUUUAGCUUCAUAGUUUUUACACCCUCUUUUACACCCUAACUGAACUUCAGCCUCUACUGUAGAUGUAAGGCUCCAGUUUCCUGUACUUAGGGCCAGAGAAGCCUAGAGUGGAUGUGGUAGAGGCUGGUACGGGUGGGGGUGGGGGUGCAGAGGCAGUCUGAUGCUGCUCCAUCUCAAUGCCCCAUCUCAUUGUCUGCUGGCCAUCUCAGAGACCUCUUCAUCUUCACAAUGAACAUCUGUAGAGCUGACAGACAGCUACUUCAUUAAAGCGCCAAUGGAGUGGCCUCGCUGGACUCUGAAGGGACACUGUUACAUAGGAAGCUUCUUUACAAUUGUAUUGUAGGUGUGAUGACAAUGUGGCAAGAUUGUGAUUAUGCCCAAGGAAAUUUAGAAAAAGAAAAACAUUUUUUUAAAUGUUUAAAAAUACAAACUUAAAGAAAAUUUCUCAAGAAUGCUAGUUUUGGUUUAAAGUAUUUACAAGAUAAGACAUUUUGAAGUUUUGUAUGUUGACUUUGCUUGGGCAACUUCAAGUGCUUUGUAUUUCCUGUUUUUGGAAAGAUUUACUGGGGUUUCUUUGGACCUGAUUUAUUUGCCACAUGGGAUGGGUUUAGGCCCAGCGAGAAGCAGCUGAAGAGCAUCUAUUCAGUAGUAAAGCUAUUGGCAAGGUUGUACUACAAGCAAUUAUAAAUAAUGGGGCAGAACUGUUUUAAUAUGGUCUGGGUCAAACAAUAGUGAAUCUUUUCUGAUGUGCAAAGUGAUCAUGCAACAGACAAGGGAUUUGAGGGUCUCCUCUCCAAGAAAACAUUUAAGUCUGUAGCUUUUCACUAAAAAAGGCCUUUAAAAGUAAGUUAAGCAAACCAAAGGCUUCCUAUUAUAACCACACAGUAAGUUAAAUCAAUAUAAAACCAAAAAUGCCAAAAAUCACUAACUUGUAACAUGAACAAGCCAAAACAAUAAGA